UAUAGGGUCGGUGGAGACCUCAGCUCACACACCAGUCGUGUCGCAGUCGUUGCCACCACAGCUUCAGCCAUGAUCCGGACAGUUGCUCUUCUUUGCCUGUUGGCACCUGCCUUCAUUGAUGUUUCUGACGCUUUCGAAGUUGGCUUCAGGAGGCGGUUCGGGUUAAACCCGUUUGAUAGUGUGUUCAUCAAUAGUCCUCGUACGAACACCAGUGCCGAAGACCAGGACUGGGUGAAUGUGGAGAGACCCUACAGCGCUGAGGGGUAUGAAGCACUGCAGAUGUGGUGCCCCGCAGACGACUACGUGUUCUGCAUUCUUACUGACGAAACUGGUAACACCGCUGGAACCCAAGUCUCGGUACGUGUUGACACAUUCACUCCUGCCUACGAUAUGGAAGAACUUGGUUUCAAAAACUGGUCAGCCGAUGUAAACGGAGUUACCAUUGAGUACUACACCAAGGCUCAGUACUUCGUGCCUGCUGAUGCCGCCGCUCGCAGUGCUUACACAGACCCUGAUAAGGCACUCAUCAGAAAUGACUACGUAACAGUAGAAGGCUUCAAAGACCAGAUGGUGAAAGUAGCCAAGUAUGAAAGUGACCUCGACAGCGUCUUCACUAAGCAAGCUUGCAUCCUCUGGAUGGGUCUCCACUACUACUACGACAUGACCGAAGAAUUGGAAUGCAGUUCCAACUCCAUAUUCACCUGGUUCCCCUUAUACAUUGACGGUGAACUCAACGGCAUGGGAUUCAUGGUGCUGGGAACAGUUACCUUACCUGAAGGAGUCAAGGACAAUUAUGAACAUCCGACUAAGGGCGACGUUCAGAAAAUUGUGACAUCGGGCCCCGAGUGCUUGUACGAAGAUGUUGAGAAGAACGGCGUCACUACUAUGCACAUUUACUUCACAGAACACCCCCGUAGAAUAUUCUGUUAGUUUUAAUAAAUAAAUUCGAACAAAUUUAUUUCUUACACAUGCUGUUACUAGCUGAAUAUGGACGAAGCACUUCUUAGUUGAAUGUAUGAAAUGGAUCUAAAAUUGUACCUGUAUUCCGCAAUGUUAAUAAAUAAUUAUGUU